GCCCCGCCCCCUCUCGCCCCCCCCACCCCUCCGGCUGCGGCGGCGGAAGGAGCGGAGCGAAGAGGCCGCGGCCUGACGGGACCCGGAGCGGCGCCCCCGGCCCGGGCACGGCCCGCACCCCGCAUCGCCGAGAUGUCAGAAGACCUUGCUAAGCAGUUGGCCAGCUACAAAGCUCAGCUCCAGCAAGUCGAGGCUGCCUUAUCUGGGAAUGCAGACAAUGAGGAUUUACUGAAACUGAAGAAAGACUURCAGGAAGUCAUAGAGUUAACCAAAGAUCUCCUUUCAACACAACCUUCGGAAACUCUUGCAAGUUCUGACAGUUCUGCGUCCGCCCUGCCCAGUCACUCAUGGAAGGUUGGGGAUAGGUGUAUGGCCAUAUGGAGUGAGGAUGGACAGUGUUACGAGGCUGAGAUUGAAGAAAUAGAUGAGGAGAAUGGAACAGCUGCGGUUACAUUUGCUGGAUAUGGCAAUGCUGAAGUCACACCUCUGUUCAACCUCAAGCCUGUGGAAGAGGGAAGAAAAGCAAAAGAGGACAGUGGCAACAAACCCAUGUCCAAAAAAGAGAUGAUAGCCCAGCAACGRGAGUAUAAAAAGAAGAAAGCUUUGAAAAAAGCUCAGAGAAUUAAAGAACUUGAACAGGAACGAGAGGACCAGAAAGUCAAAUGGCAACAAUUUAACAACAGAGCCUAUUCUAAAAACAAAAAAGGCCAGGUGAAGAGGAGUAUUUUUGCUUCCCCUGAGAGUGUAACUGGCAAGGUUGGCGUUGGAACAUGUGGAAUUGCAGACAAACCUAUGACACAGUAUCAAGAUACCUCUAAAUAUAACGUCAGGCAUUUGAUGCCUCAGUAACAGGGAUCAGAGCUGGAGUGUAACUGGUUGUGCUGUGGAAAGGAGCUGUCCUCUCCUGCCUUGUAGAUCUUGUGUGUUGGAACAGUCACAGCCCUGUUGGUACAGUCACAGCAGAGACAGCCUGUGCCUGGGCCCCCAUCCAGACAAGGAGAACCAAGGCACAGCAGAUACAAAUGCGUAGAUCCCACUUAGUUUGAGUAAAGGUUGGGAGUUUCUGUCUUACAUAACUGACUGGCCCUAGUGUCCAUUGUACCUUCAGCUGUAUUACAGUGCUGCUGAGCCCUUUCAAUUUUAUUCAGGAAUCCCGGUGUAAAAGCUCUUGCUUUUUUGUACUCUCUCUGUGAUUUGCUUUCCUCUGUUACUUGUCUUGCACUUACGGUAGUGAUGCCACCUCUGAACCCGUAAUGUGUGUAAAGAAGUUAAUGGGUAGCCCUGUAUACAAUGUAGAUAUUAUUUUUGUAAAAUCUAGGGCUGAGUUAAUGGACAAGAGUACAUCAGCUAUUUCCCCCAUUAAAUAAAAUGUGUGUCUUGUCCAUUAACCCUGACCAUUAUUUCCCUGUAUAUUAUGUUAAUGUAGCUCAUUUUGUAAUUUGUUAACUAGAUCAGGUCACGUCAGCAAUUGUUGAUGCACUGAUUGGUGGAAAUGUCCAUCAGUUACCUGAGUCACAACUCAAGCUAAACUCUACAAGCGGUAGUUUAGAAUCCAUACACARAAAAAGGUUCUCCCUAUAAUGGGAGAAAGUGAUUUUUAUGAAUACAAAGUGUGUUAAUUUCAGUUUUGUAUGUUUAACUUUUAUUAAAUAAAGUGUUUAAAAUCUGCUGGAUAU